AAUCGCACCUUGCAUGUACGAAGCAAUCGCAUACCACAACCCUUCGCCGUCAUCUCAAACCCAAUCUACGGCCUGGCGUGGAGGGUCCAACUUCAACAUCAACGUGACUUCUAGACUGAUACCUACCAUGUCUACUGGGCCGUGAUAGCGCAACUGCUCGGUGCUUCUCUAGACAUCCCGUUGCGUUUGCCUCGAUGGAGGCCACUCCAAGAAUUCGGCGCACGCCGCAAAACACCCAGCACACAUACUCAUUAGGUCGCCGGACACAUGAUGUCAAGAUAUACCCUGUUCAAUCACCCCAAGGAGCGACCAUCCUCAUUUACGGCCACGAAAAUGGCAUCACGGUUGUUUGGCGCGGUGGCCGAAGGCUCAAGCCAAAAAAGCAAUCAGCUACGGACAAACGGAACGGUGCGAAUUCUGACGAUGCUGUCAUGAUCAUUGACUCGGACGACGAGGGCGCGACAGCUGCAGCCACGCCGUAUGUCGACAAGCCCGAGUUUGAAGACGGCCCGACCGCCGACGCCUCUUCCGUUCCCGAAAUCAUUCAAACCCUUGAUCUUGCCUUAGGCAAUGCCGCUCUACAUGUUGCCGUGUUGCCAAUGCCACCGUCCCCAGCGGAGGCAGCCUCCUGGAACGGCGCCCACAUCCUCAGGACCAAGAUCGUCUUCGCCGUAUCAUGUGCGAAUACAGACGCCUACCUGGUUACUCUCCCCUUGACACCUCCUUCGCACGAGAGCAAGGCGAGACCCGAGUUGCGCCAGAAUCUCUUGGCAGGAAAUGCUGGUACGGGGGUGUGGGGAGAAACACUGACUUUGCUUGGUGGACAAAGCCGUCCUUGCGGUGGCCUCGCCAUUACCCUAGUGAAGCACAAGCCGGGUUCCCGGAGCAGGUCGCUCGAGCGUACAGCAGCCCAAACGACACCGGUUACCCGUGCCAUUGUUGCGGCGCACUCGAGAGAAGCAAGCGGCGUGCUCCGUCUCUGGGAUGUCGCCUUGGACGCCAAGCCAGGAGUCACAAACCGGGUCGAACCAUUUCAGACGGAAUACCUCCCCUCACCGCUCACAAGCAUUUCCUUCAACCCAGUCCACAUUACCCAGCUCCUCACCGUAUCCUCGCCACAUGCCGUCCGCAUCUAUGAUUACGCUGUCGCGGCCCUCCCCUCCGACGACACUUCCGAGGGCCCUUUCCCUACCCAGGGCUCUUGGCUUUUAUCCCUCUACCCGCCCUUUACCCGCGGGCCAUCCAUGUCGACCGCGCGGAAGCCGAUUGUGGCAUCUGAAUGGAUUUCACAUGGGGGAGCCGUUCUGACGCUCCUCGCGGAUGGGCAGUGGGGCAUUUGGGACAUUGAUGGUGUAAAUCCGGCGGCCACAACGGGCGGUCUAUUCAGCAAGGCAAGCGCCGGAUUGCGCGGCUCGGCUAUUACGUCGUUUUCUGUAUCCGGCCACCUCGAAGGAACCAGCCCGCUUCGCAACCCUGCUAGCCAAAAGUUCCCUGCCGGGUCCGGCUCGGCUGGUGAAUUGGUUCCCAUGACGCCUCACACGCGGCGCGAUGCUAUCACCUCCACCAUUACUGGCGGGUCAGAAAAGCUGGCAGCCGUGCGUGGCGGCAUUGCGGUCGCAAAACUCCCAGCACAAGGAACAGGACUAGGGGAAGAAAGUGCCAUUCUAUGGCUUGGUGGCGCAGACCCCAUUGUCUGCGUUAUCCCGGUGAUAUCCCGGUUCUGGGACUCCCAGCUUCGCCGUGCCGCCGGCGGCGGUGUGAACCUCUGGAGCGGAGCACAGCCGACCCGCAUGAUCCGUCUUACAGAUCUCCCGAUGGGGCUCCUUGGCGAGCGAUGCACUGGCGCAACUGGCAUCCCUAAACCCAGCCGCAGCACCAUGCCAGCGGCAGCGCAGUCAACGGCAAAGGAAAACGGUUCGAAUCAUGCAGAAGGCCUUCCCAUUGAGGUGCUUCUGCUAGGUGAAAGCCGCGUUGUCAUCGUGCACGAAAGCGAGGAGGCUAGCACGCUCACAACACGCUUGCUCGGCGCCCGGAAGCGAACCCACGCCGACUUUGGCUCGGCCAAGGCUAUUCAGGUUUAUCCGAAACCUGAGCAGCCCAACAGUGUCGCUUUCAACCUUAGCAUCGCGCACCGCCCAAAUAAAGGAGUCUUCCGGUCACAUUCGCGCCCAUCGGUCAAGGGCCUGUUUGACGAGGCCGCAGACGUCAUCCCCUCAACUGAGCAAGCUGACGAGGCAGAGACGGCGCCGUCCAGUCAGCAAGGCCUCGUGUUCAUCAAUGAUCUCAACUAUGCUGCGGACCAACCAGACGACGAAUUCGAGGUUGCCGGGCGCGAUAUUGAGCAAGAGUUGAUGGAUAUCAUGGAGAUUGAUCGCGAGCUGGAGCAGUUGGAGAGUGAGCGCGAACGGGGUACGAAACGGGUCUUUUUCGAGGAGGGCUAGGAUACCAGCUCGGAGAAAUGCGAGGAAGGGCUAGAAGAAGAGAUUUGCACGGAGUAUCAGUACAAAAGGCCCGGUGGACUACCGCAAGAAGCCCAAGAGCGAAGCAAGAUCCGUCGCGUCUUGUUUGAGAGAGGAGCCUCUAACGCUGUCUGAUCGUGUCAAUGCCCGCGUGGAUGGAGACAGCACUGCGACGGGACGACACGAGAGGCCGAAGAGGUUGUAAGAUAUUCAACAGCUGCUAACGCCAGCUACCAUGAAUGUUUAGGACCACGAAAAUGCGGCAUGAUUUUGGUGGCCAGGGCCACACCUCCCUUUGUGAAC